UUUGCAGAUAUGGCGUCUGGUUACAUUGCACGUUUCAUCUUCUUCGUGAUUUUGAUUUCUUUGGCAGAUUCCUCACAUGUGAAGGACCUACACAAGACCUUGAACUACUCACCGGUGCUCCAAGGAUGGAAAGGAGUUGGAGGCUUGCUCCACAAUCUACAAAACUUGCAACAUCUUGAUGUCUGCUCUAACAACAUAGUGGGUGUGAUACCAAUACCAUUCCGUCUGCCUCCCAAUGCCACACAUAUGAACAUGGCUUGCUGCAUCUAUUUGUGCAAAAAUAUCCGUCAGUCAUUAUCAACAACGAAGAAACUAAGGCAUCUGAAUUUAAGUCACACUUUCUUAUUUGGACCCAUUGGCAAUGUGUUCACUGGCUUAGAUAACCUGGAAGAAAUUGAUGUCAGCUCUCACAACAUAGUGGGUGUGAUACCAAUACCAUACAGUCUGCUUCCCAAUUCCACUCAUAUGAACAUGGCUUGCUGCAUCUAUUUGAGCAAAAAUAUCUCCCAUUCUUUAUCAACAACGAAGAAACUAAGGCAUCUGAAUUUAAGCCACAAUUUCUUGUUUGGACUCGUUGGCAAUGUGUUCACUGGCUUAGAUAACCUGGAAAAAAUGAACAUUCAACAGAAUCUGUUUAGUGGUAUUCUUCCAGAAAAUGUCCAGACCAUACCAAACUUAUGGAUUGGAGGGAGUAAGUUAUAUCCAUUGGGUGACUCUCCUCUCUGGGAAUUUCCUUUUGAAUAUGUUAUAGUUGAGCACAGUAGCAGUUGCCCACACACAACUCAGGCAAAUGCCAAUGAAAACUUUGUGAGAAAACAUGAGAAGAUCCCCAUGGGUCGUGGAGGAAUAGCUUUUAUGGUUGACGGAGGAACAUUAUUGGCAAAAGGAUUCACCUUAUUAUUGGAAACAGGAUUCGCCUUCUUCAUUCUAAUUCAUUUUAAUAAAUUGCUGUUGAGGCUGAGGAGCUUUGGAAGCAGUCAUAUUACACUGGUGUCUCAUCCUGUUUAUGCAGCCGAAGAUGAUCAAGUUAGAAUGUAUUUGAACAAGAGAUCAAGCCAUACAAAGUUACUCAUGCUAAAGGCUAUGCAGCAAGGUCGUCGUAAAAAACGAAAGACAACCAAGGCAGAAAGUAGUGGAGGAAGAAGUGCUGAAAACACACCAGCUGUGCCAAGAAAAAAGGCAGUUUUAAUUGGGGUGAUGUAUUACAAGUUUGGAGAAGAUAGACUGUUGCAUACCUUAGAUGAAGUCGAAGGGAUGAAAACAAUUUUAAUGGAAAACUUCAAUUUCAUAGACCAAGAUAUCACGAUACUGUGUGACACCAACAAGUAUACGCAUCCAACAAAAGUGGCAAUUCAAAGACAACUAACAUUGUUAGUUGAAGAAGCUAAUGCACAAGAUAUACUUUUUGUGUAUAUAGCGGGACAUUCCAUUGAGUUUGAAGUUGAUAAAUUUGGAAUUUGGACUUCCGAUUCUAAAUUUAUAACGGAUCAUUUUUUGUCUACAAAAUUCAUGCCGAAAGUGCCGCUGGAAGCGACACUAACAGUGAUGAUCAACACUUGCUUUGCCGGGAAUUUUAUGAAAGGUGCAAUACAAAGCGUAAACGUGGUAGUCUUUCCACUUAGUGAAUCUCAUGAAGUCACCUUCGAUGGACAUAUAUAUUAUGAAGUUCUCAGUGGAAUACUCGAAGGAGAAACUUCAACCAACAUCAAGGUUUAUAGACAACUUAAGAAGGCUGUGUGUGCUUUAGUUAUAAUGGGAUAUGAUGGUCUUCCAGUCUACUGCCCAGAAGACCUUCCAUUCUACUGCCCACAAGACAAGAAACAUGCUAAGUUCCUACGAUGGUAGCAAAAGGUGUGGAAAGAGAACAUAUGGCAUAUUGAUAUCUUCAAAGUAGAGAAUGUCCUAACCAUUGAUAUCUUACUAUACCAUACUAUUUUUGUCUAAUAGUAGUGUGUCUACAGGGAGUAAUGAGGAGCUUUGUUUGAACUUCAUUACUUGGGGUGGGUACUGAGUAGGGAGCAAGAUACAACUCACUGACAUUCUACUUCAAUAAUCACUGUUUCGGCCUUUAAUUUCUUGUAUUAUGAUUCAUUUUGAACUGUAUUCUAUCAACUGUUCACAUGAGAUUCAACUUUGCAAACUGGAACAUUGACAAACUUUUUGUCAUUAUCUUUUCAAUGGAACAUAUGAGAGAUAAGGGAGGUUCAAUGAAAAACUUAAACUGUUUGUCAUUAUCUGUGUUGCAGGUUUGUGGUCAUGGAGAAUUUCAGAAUUGGAUCUGUUUUUGAGCUCAUUGUUCUGUAUGAUUGGAAUUUCUUCAAUUUCUUUGUUGUUGAGAAAUAAAGCCAUAAAAAAUUGGUUUUUAGGGUUUCUGUUUGGUGUUGUUUUGAUGAUGAGUUUGAAAUUGGGAAAAGAGGAUGUGAAAUUUUGGGUUGAGAAGUUAAGGACUUGUUCUCCUGUUGCACAAAUUGUAAUGGGGAAUAGGAAUAGAAAAUGGAGAAUAUCAAAAUGAGAGAUUAUGGUGUAUUGUUUUUUUCACACUGUUGUUUGAUUCAAUGAUUCAAUUCAAAUACCAAAAGAUUAUUUUGUGUAA